AUGGGUGAAAACGUGAUCGAUGACGCAGCUCAGUGCACGUUGAAGACUCUGACCGAUGAGCGUGUAGAGCCUGGCUCGUGCAACAUAUCUCCUGCGAAAUACCCUGCCACGAUCGAGACCGAUGGACUGUCGCUCGAGGAUGUGGCCAAAGACACAUUGAGCAAGAUCAAUGCGGCCCUCGAGAAUAAAGACUACGCCUCUUUGGCCAAUUUGUUCACCGACGCCUCAUUCUGGCGCGAUCAUCUCUGUCUGACUUGGGAUCUGAGAACGCUACAAGGGCCCGCCAAGAUCCUCAAUGUCCUCCAAAAAGAAUGCCGGGUGACCAAAUUGUCGCUCGAUUCGGCCUUGCCUCACCGGGCACCUCAGUGCGCUCCCCUUGAUACCGCCGGCAAAGUCAAUACUAUCAUGUUUUUCAUUUCUGUAUCAACCACGGUCGGAGAAGGCAGGGGACUCGUUAGGUUGACGCAGUCGAACGGAGACUGGAAGGUCUUGACCAUCUAUACGAGCUUGAAAUCCUUGUCUGGGGUAGAUGAGCCGCGAGGUCGAAAUCGACCGUACGGCAAAGAGCGUGGUGUUCGGGGCGCCGAGUCCAAAAACUGGUUCGAAAAGCGAAUUGCAGAAAAGAACUUUGAAGAAGACGACCCGACUGUGCUGAUCAUUGGCUCCGGCCAGGGUGGCCUCACAGCUGCUGCCCGUUUGAAAAUGGUGGGUAUCAAAUCUCUCAUGAUUGACCGAAAUGCGAGAGUUGGAGACAAUUGGAGGAAGCGAUACCAAAGUCUAGUACUUCAUGAUCCCGUCUGGUUUGACCAUCUGCCGUACAUCAAUUUUCCCGAUACAUGGCCCAUCUUCACACCCAAGGACAAGCUUGCCGAUUUCUUUGAGGCUUAUGUCUCGCUCCUCGAGUUGAAUGUCUGGACAAGUACAGAAAUGAAGUCAUCUUCAUGGGACGACAGCGCCAAACGUUGGACUGUCACAGUUGAACGACAGGUAGGCGACAAGAAAGAAACACGCACCUUUCACCCACGCCACAUUGUUCAAGCUACAGGCCACUCGGGCAUGAUCAACUUUCCCACAAUCAAAGGCGUGGAGCAAUUCCAGGGCCGUCUAUGCCACAGCUCCCAGUUCACCGGCGCGGUCCCCAACUCGCAGGGCAAGCGCGCCGUGGUCAUUGGGUCUUGCAACUCGGGCCACGACAUUGCCGAGGACUUUUACAAGGCCGGCUACGACGUGACCAUGGUGCAACGCUCCUCCACCUGCGUUGUUUCCUCCGAGACCAUUGUCCAGACGGCUCUCCAGCCGCUCUUUUCCGAGGACGGACCGCCGGUAGAGGAUGCCGACAUCAUCAUGUGGGGUCAGGUCGCUGCCUACCACAAGUCGCUCUCCCAGGAACUCGCCGUCAUCCAAAAUGAAAGGGACAAGGAAACACUCUUGGGCCUGCAAAAAGCCGGUUUCGCAGUCGACUCGGGACCCAGUCGGGCGGGACUUUUAUACAAGUACUACCAACGUGGCGGCGGCUACUACAUUGAUGUUGGAGCCAGCCAGCUCAUUAUUGACGGCAAGAUCGCCAUCAAGCAUGGGCAAGAAGUCGAAGAGAUUUUGAAAGACGGCAUCAAAUUCGCUGAUGGGUCUAUUCUACCCGCAGACGAAAUCAUCUUCGCUACUGGCUACCAAAAUAUGAGGACGCAGGCUAGAGCCAUGUUUGGUGAUCAGGUCGCCGACAAACUGAAGGAUGUUUGGGGCCUUGAUGAAGAGGGCGAGUUCAGAGCCAUGUGGCGACCCAGCGGUCAUCCUGGAUUUUGGUACAUGGGCGGCAAUCUCCCCCUUUGCAGGUAUUUCUCACAGUGUCUGGCGCUGCAAAUAAAGGCAUACGAAAUUGGCCUUGUUAGCUAUUAG